AUGGAGGCGAAGGUCGAGACGCUCACCAAGCCGGGCUCGACAACUGACCUCAGCGGCUCGAACAAGAACAUGACACGUAUCCCAUCCAUCACGAAGCGCGACCUUGGCAGCAAGUCUGGGAUCGAGAUCCGCUCCGUGGCCGAGGACAACAAGCCGUCGGCAAUCGUCGCGAGCUCGGUCGUCGCCGUGCCGGCCGUAGAAGCUCCCGUGAAGGAUGCGACCGCAAAGGACGCUUCUGGGAGCCAAGAGGCGACGAAGGAACCCGUGACCAACGAUGCAUCGAAGGCUUCUCCGUCCGUCGACGUGGCGCCUUCGGCAGUUAAGGUCGACGUAACGCCCAUCGUCACCGAUGCGGCAAGUACAACCUCCGCCAUUAAGAUCGGUGACCGAAUCAGCCUUCAUGCGACGUGCACCGGCGCUCCCGGAGACGGCGGUCUCUUGGCUUUCGUCCAAGAAGGCAAGGGAAAGUCUGCGCAGCGCGUGCUGGCCGUCCCACCAACCCAAGGCGAGGCCCACCAAGCCGUUUUCAUCAUCGCACCACUGGCGGGCACUGCCACUGCAUCGGAACUCAAGUACAACCAGCAGUUCUACCUGCACGUGGUGGACGCCAAGGGUGGCGUGCAGUCGCUCAACAACGACCCGCCCGGCGCCGGCGACUUUAUCGGGCUCCAGAAGACGGGCGCGAAGGGCGAAAUGACGUGUUACUUUUCCAAGCCCAACGGCAGCGGGGUGGUCAAGUUCGAUGACGCUGACCUCGUCAUUACGGUCCACGACUCGAACCGUACCCGGAAGCACUUUAACAACCCCAUGACUUACUACAAGCGACUCAAGGGGACACCAGGGGGGUACCUCUCAAGUGCCAAGAAAGGCACGGCCGUCACGUUUAGCGUCCGUCAAGCCGACAACAGCAUUCCGCCCCUCUCACCGACGUCUCCCGUGGCCCGAGAUAGCAUCCCCAAUGUGUCGCGGGCGAGCACAAUCGAAAAGGCCGACGUUGAAGCCGCCGCCGAAGCCAAGCUUGCGGUUGAGAUUGCGCAGCCGCAAGAGGCCUACAUGGCGCCUGAAAUCGUCCUGACGCCAACUAAUCCCAGCGUGCUCAAGCAAGAGAGCAGCGACGUUCGGGACGAAGAAGUCGUCAAGAUGGACAACCAGUCGAGCGUCAUCCAGAACAAUGAAAAGCCCGCGAAGAUGGCUGACGGUCCAGUUAUCGUCGCGCCCCCGACCGUGUCGCAGCACUUGGCAGCGAUGAAGCCAGUCGCACGAGCGGCCCCCACGGCGCCAAAGAGCCUCGUCGUGGACCACACCAAGACGUCACGGGCCGAGACCGCGUACGAUGACGAUAACAGCGCGUCGCCUGCGGCCUGCGCCGGCGGCCAAUGCUGCACGAUCUCGUAACUUUGCAGCAUCCUACAACACACAAACCGAGUCUCGGUACCUUGCAUCGCCUACUUUCAACUAGAAAAUACAUCUCUC